CCAUCCCCUUUCCAUUUCGCUUCUCGAGCCGCUUCAAUGUAAAACGGGUUUUAGUAGAAUGCACUUUGGGUAAAUUUCAAUGUAAAACGGUAAAUGUUAAAACCCGAAUGAGAAAAGGCGAACAGAAUCGGACCAGUAAUACACUUUUACCAGCAGCCAGCCCAAGUUGCUGGCAGAACCAGAACCCAAUCAGGGAAUCACCCAUUAGACUUUUCUGAAACACCGAAAAUAGGGUUUUUAAUAUUGUAACACCAAACCCAGUACUUACAUUCCAUCAAAAACUAACUGAACGCUACCCUUUGGUCCUUUUUGGUUUUUGAUCAUCAUGGAGCAACCAAAUGAAGAAUCAUCAGCACAGACCACAAGCAAGAAAGCAGCGAAGAAAGAAGCAGCGAAACAGGAAAAGUUACGCCGCCGUGAAGAAGCAGCGGCUGCAGCUGCUGCUGCUGCGGCAGCAGCCCUCUCAAUGGAGGACCAGGAAGAUCCAUUAUCCGGAAAUUACGGAAACACACCACUCUCUGACCUUCAAUCAAAAGAGGAAUCGGAUCUCAGCGAGUGGACUAGAGUGGGUCAGCUAAAUGAAGAAUUAAAGGACAAAGAAUUGCUGAUUAGAGGACGAGCACAGACUACGAGGGCAGUAGGGAAAAAUAUGGCGUUUGUUGUGGUUAGACAGAAAGGGUUUACGGUGCAGUGUGUGGUUACUGUUCAGGCUGAUUUGGUUAGCCGCCAAAUGGUUAAGUUUGUGGCUGGGUUGAGCCGUGAGUCUAUUGUUGAUGUUCGAGGUGUUGUUUCUGUUCCUAAUUCUCCUAUCAAGGGCACCACGCAGCAGGUUGAGGUUCAAGUGAGGAAACUUUACUGUAUUAGCAAAGCUAUACCAACUCUGCCUAUUAAUAUUGAAGAUGCAGCUAGAAGUGAGAAAGAAAUUGAGGAAGCUUUACAGAGGGGAGAACAAUUUGUUCGUGUCAAUCAGGACACACGUCUGAACUAUAGAGUCCUGGACAUGCGAACACCAGCGAACCAAGGGAUUUUCCGUAUACAGAGUGAAGUUGGCAAUAUAUUUAGGCAAUUCUUAUUAUCAGAAGACUUUGAUGAAAUCCAUACCCCAAAAUUGAUAGCAGGCUCUAGCGAAGGUGGGUCUGCUGUUUUUAUGCUGGACUACAAAGGGCAACCUGCAUGCUUGGCGCAGUCACCUCAGCUUCACAAGCAAAUGGCUAUCUGUGGUGAUAAAGAGCGUGUUUUUGAGGUUGGUCCUGUUUUCAGAGCAGAGGAUUCUUACACCCAUAGGCAUCUUUGCGAGUUUGUUGGUCUUGAUGUUGAAAUGGAGAUAAAGAAGCAUUAUUCUGAGGUCAUGGAUAUUGUGGAUCGGUUAUUUGUCAAAAUGUUCGACUACUUGAAUGAGAAGUGCAAGAAGGAACUUGAUGCUGUUUGUAGGCAAUAUCCCUUUGAACCUUUGAAGUACCUGCGAAAAACUCUACGGUUAAGGUUUGAAGAGGGGAUUCAAAUGCUCAAGGAAGCAGGAGUGGAAGUUGAUCCCUAUGGAGACUUGAAUACAGAAGCUGAAAGAAAACUGGGCCAGCUAGUUUUAGAGAAGUAUGGUACUGAGUUCUACAUUCUUCAUCGCUAUCCUCUGGCGGUUAGACCAUUCUACACCAUGCCAUGUUAUGAUGAUGCAAAGUACAGUAACUCAUUUGAUGUCUUUAUUCGAGGUGAGGAAAUUAUAUCUGGAGCUCAGCGUGUACAUGUACCAGAAUUGUUGGAGGAACGUGCAAAGGCAUGUGGAAUUGAUGUCAGUACAAUAUCAACAUAUAUAGAUUCUUUCAGAUAUGGUGCUCCUCCACAUGGUGGAUUCGGAGUGGGAUUGGAGCGUGUUAUAAUGUUAUUCUGUGGUCUGAAUAACAUUCGCAAAACAUCGCUUUUCCCUCGAGACCCAAUGAGGAUUGCCCCAUGAUGAGUUUCAGCUGGGUCUCACACUCUUUGUUCUACCAAUUUCAUUUUGCACCUUACAAGAAAAACUGGGAAAUAAUCUAUGUUAGCCAUGUGAUGGGUAUUUUUGAAGUUACCAUCUGAAACAGGGCGGUAAACGUACAUUUUACUCUAUUCUUGCUGUGUCUGCACUUGUACUGAGGUCAUUAGCACUUGAUUUUCUUGUAUUUCUCACUGGAAUAGUUAGUUUUCCCUUUUCAGCCUUCUCAAUGCAUAUAUAUUCACCUUA